CUCAAAAUAAUCCACACGUUGAUGGUACCUGAAAAAUCACGUAACCACGAUUUUCCCCUCGCUAGGCCUGUUUUACGUGACACACGUAAAAAUAAUGUGAAAGUGUACUGGCAAAAAAAUGUUUUCACGUUGAAGUUACGUGAAAAACCAUAUAGUAUUUUUCCACUAGGUUUUUCCAUGUAGCUUUUAUGUGUUUUGAAAUGUAACUUCAACAUGACUCGAGUGCGGCAUUCUACCAAAUUUCUACGUGAUUAUUUUAGUAUGAAAAUUGAUGGCGUACGGUGAAGUCCUGCUGCCGGACUAUUCUCGUAAAAUUUAGUUGAAAAAGGAAGAGACGGUAAGUUAAAUUAAAUUUGAAUAAUUGUAUAUGUAAUUAAUAAAAGUUUUUGCAGAAGCUGAUUUCUGAAAGCAGCAACUUUAGUUUUUCGGCGGGCACUGGCAUCAAAACUGGUCAUCACCAGCAAUCUCCAGUUGGCAAAGUUCGGGAGCCCAGGAAAUCCGAUCCAGGUUGCUACGCCGAGACUUCACUAAUGUCUUGGCCAUCAGCGGCAGAAUUAUGAAAAGGUCGCUGAGCGCGGACAUCAACAGCGGCCGAUUAACCAUUGCCUGGUACCGCAACCGGCCAUCUCCAACAACCCCCGGUUGGCUGAAGUCAUGGGCAAGGACAAUCUCGACAAUGCUCGGAUAUAAGAGUGACGGCCGAGUAGAAGUUAACGUGGUGCACAAAGCACUGGCCAUCGGUGGCGAUUCUGCGCGUGGCAAACGGACUGGACUACUCGGAGAUCCUUGGGGAGGAAAUCGCGACCACCUGGUGGAAAGGUCUCAUCGGUGUUCCCAGCAAAUGGCAUUUUUUACAAUUUAGUUUCUAACGGUAAGAUCUUUGGAAAUAUUGGUUAAAUAAACAAGUUUAUGCAAAUUUAACCGACUUCAUUAUUAUUUCUAUUCGAAAAAAAGUGAAACAAAACCAAAAUCUACUACUACAAAGUUCAUACAACGUUCACUAAAACAAACACGUAGAUAUCAUCGACGUACCAUUUAGCUUUUACGUGUGAAACACGUAGAAUAGACGUGAAAUGCUCUGACCAAGCAAAUUCCGUUUCUACUGGAGUCUCCUCGUAGAAGUUACGUGGAAACUUUAGUGGAAAAAUACCACAUAGCUUUUCACGUAACUUCAACGUGAAUAA